AUGUUUUCCAAACUUGCUGUGAUCUCGUCGGUUUUUCUCCCUGUCGCCCUAGCCUGUCUAGGAUGGGAGGGAGGCGUUCCUGUACCCACCGCGCAUCACUCAAAAAAAGCGCCUAUUGAAAUCCGUGCCGGAGAGGUCUUCGAUGGCGGCUGGGCAAAGUUCGACCGUGGUGCUGGCGCCUGCAAGAACGGUGAAGGCGGAGACUCUGAUGCUGUCUUUAUCCUUCGCUCAGGCGCUACGCUGAAGAACGUCAUCAUCGGCAAGGACAAUAGGGAGGGUGUUCACUGUGAUGGGCCCUGCACUUUGGAGUUUGUCUGGUUCGAGGAUGUCUGUGAAGACGCCAUCACGAUCAAAAAUGACAAACCGGGACAAGAAACCUGGAUUCGCGGUGGUGGCGCUUAUCAUGCUAGCGACAAGAUUGUCCAGCAUAACGGCUGCGGUACUGUGAAUAUCAUCAAUUUCUACGCCGAGGACUACGGAAAAGUCUACCGCUCUUGCGGUAACUGUGCCUCGCAAUGCAAACGGAACGUCUACGUUGAAGGCACCACGGCCAAGAACGGUGGUGAGGUCGUCGGUAUCAACCGGAAUUACGGCGACACAGCUACCCUGAAGAACGUCUGCUCUGGCGCUAAACACCCCUGUGUUUUCUACGAGGGCUGUGCUGGUGGCUGUGAGCCGAAAAAGGUUGGAUAUUGUUCUGGUUAA